UCUUUACUUCUUUGUGGCUAUCUUGAAAACGUUGAAUCCUAGAAUUCUUGAAAAACGUGGAAUCCAUAAAUUGCAAAGAAUUCAGAAAAUAAUUCUUCAGCAAUUAGCUCUUCUGAGAGCUACUACUAACAGCAACCGAGACAUGUUGGAAUCAAUAUUGAAAUCUCAAAAUCAAAAUACAGACCCCUGGUCAAACCAGCAGCAUGAUGAAAUCAACUUUGAUCCGGCACGAUUGCCAAUGAAGACUUUGGAGAGUCUGCUCAAAAUAGAAGAGGAGCUGAGAGAUAAUCAUUCCAAAAAUAACAUGGUCAACUACCUGAGUAAAAUUGGCGAAAACAGCAUAAAUGACAUGACGAAAAGAAUAAUGAGAAGACUUAUUGGUGAUGAAUUAGCCAAAGACUACAGCUGGUUUGGUGCGAAAGGGAAAAAACAGUUUUCAAUUCUUCAAAGUGCCAGAGUCCUUGAGGAAGCUGUUAAGAUGGGGUUUCAAGAAGCAACGGAAAAAACGAUUGAAGAGGCCACCAAAAAUUGGUUGAGGCAUGCUCCUGAACGUCAAACCGGAAAACAAAAACGGUUCUUGUAGUAGCUGUAGUAAAACAUCUAAAAUUGCAUCAUAUAUUUGCCAUAAAACAAAACAAAAACGGUGUUUGUAGUAGCUGUAGUUAAACAUCUAAAAUUGCAUCAUAUAUUUGCCAUA